UGGUGUUUUUGCUCCCUCUACUGGUAGUUUUAUAUUCUGCAGAUUGAAUAUGUUUUAUUCAGUUUCUGGGGUUCAAAAAGAACAACGUGCAAAGCACAUGGUAGCGCACUUUAAUUUGCUGUGUCAGUCCAUCGGAUUAACAACUCUUAACGAGGCACUGCCUUUUUACACAUUUAUUCAGUAAAUCAAAACGACGACUCCGGUGUCAAGACUGUUUAUUGAGUGGAUGUGUUUAGCUUGCUGGGUGCGAAGCCAGUACAGUAAAAAGGCAAGCUUCAUACAAGAGCUGUUUAUCUUGGAAGCUGGAUUUCACCUGCUAUUGUCAUCUACGGCAUAGAGGCUAACACGACAACUGCAGAGUAUCCACACGGUAAAAUCCAUCAAGCUUAUAUUUCGGACCAGUCAUGGAAGAUGACAAAAGUCAGUCAGCUUCAUCUCGACGUUCCGUGACUUCCAGCAAGUCCACGGUUAGUAUGGCAGCGACUAAAGCAAGAGCAAAGGCGGAAGCUGCACAGGCAAGAGCCUCAUUUGCAAAGAGGGAAAUGGAAAUUAAAAUAGAGAAAGCUCGCCUUGAAGCAACAUUAGACGUAAUGGAAAAGGAGAGAGAGGCUGAAGCUGCAAUGGCAGAAGCGGCAGUCAUGGAAGCUGCAGUCGCAGAUCUAGAGGUAAAAAGAUCACAACAUAGUUCAACUCUCCACCUUCCACAGCAAAGUCCUAGGCAACGUACUGAAGAGUAUGUAAAACAACAUAGUGAACCUAGUGAUACUGUACCAGAGAAUUCAAAGCCUGAAUUACCCCAAAAUAUAGAGGAUGAUAGAGAGAAAAAGCCUUCUUCACCGGUGUAUCAUGUUCUGUCCUCUUGGAAUGCCAGUCAAUGCAGUUGCAGUGAGAAAAGGCAGCAGAGUAAACCUCCAUUCCCCCACUCUCCACAUAGCUUCUCACACCCUUCUAAGAGUCCAGCUGCGCCCAUGCACCAUCCUAGACGAGACACGAAUCAUCCUACUCAUCACUCUAGUCAUGAUGUAGCCACGUAUGACUUAGCUAAGUUUUUAACACGAAAUCAGCUAGUGACAUCUGGGCUUAACAAAUUUGAUGAUCGUCCGGAAAACUAUCUGGCCUGGAAAUCAUCAUUUCUCAAUGCCACCAAGAACCUUGAUCUCACAGCAGGUGAGGAAUUUGAUUUAUUGAUUAGAUGGCUGGGGAGAGAUUCAGCAGAUCAUGCCCGUCGCAUUAAGUCUGUGAAUGUAAGGAACUUACCAGCUGGUCUUGAACUCAUCUGGGAGAGGCUAGAUAUGACCUACGGAUCUCCGGAAGCUAUUGAAAAAGCUCUCUUCACAAAAAUAGAGACUUUUCCAAAAAUAUCAGCUAAAGACCAUGAUAAACUCCGGGAAUUAGGAGACUUGCUUUCAGAGAUUGAAGCAGCUAAGAAUGGCGGUGAUCUACCUGGGCUCACUUAUCUAGAUACAGCAAGAGGAGUUAAUCCUAUUGUGCAAAAGUUGCCCUUUGGACUACAAGAAAAGUGGAUGAUGCAGGGUUCACACUACAAGUACACUUAUGGAGUUUCUUUCCCACCAUUCUCCUUCUUUGUGGAAUUUGUAUGUGCAGAAGCAAGAGCACGCAACGAUCCUAGCUUCAAUUUUUCUUUACUUUCCAUAAACCCUGGUGGAAAGAUCAGGUAUAAUGAAAGUCAUGCUCAGAAACCUGUUUCAGUCCAUAAAACGGAUGUGAUGUCCUCCUCUAACCUUUCUCAUACCAAGAGUCUUCAGAGAGGAAACAACGAGGUUGAGAAGCAAUGUCCUAUACAUCGUAAACCUCAUCCUCUCAAGAAAUGCAGAGGCUUCAGAGAAAAGCCAUUAGAGGAACGAAAAAGGAUCUUAAGGGAGCUAUCUAUUUGUUUCAGAUGCUGCUCAUCUAACAAACAUGUGGCUAAGAAUUGUGAUGUGUCAAUUAAAUGUUCUGAAUGUGAGAGUGACAAACACCUGGCUGCUCUCCAUCCAGGCCCAGCGCCGUGGCGUUCUGAUUCUACACCUCCUUCACUGCAUGGCGGGGAGGAAGAGGAGUGCUGCGGUGGAGAUGUGUCAUCAAAGUGCACCAAGAUUUGUGGCAAAGGUUUUAGUGAGAAGUCAUGCUCUAAAAUAUGCCUUGUGAAUGUUUAUCCUGCUGGCAGCCCUGACCAAGGCAGGCGGAUUUACACUAUUAUAGAUGAGCAAAGCAAUAGAUCCUUGGCCAGAUCAGAAUUUUUUGACAGUUUCAAUGUGCAAGGAACUUCUGCUCCGUACACAUUAAAGACGUGUGCAGGAGUAGUCCAAGCAACUGGAAGAAGAGCUCAAGGGUUCAUCAUUGAGUCUGCAGAUGGUGAGAUCAAUUUUCCACUUCCUACUCUCAUCGAAUGCAAUAGUAUGCCAGAUAACCGAGAUGAAAUACCAACCGCAGUUGCUGCCCUGCAUCACAGCCACCUAAAAGAGAUAGCAGACAAGAUACCGCCUAUUGAUCCAAAUGCUGAAAUACUGCUUCUGCUGGGAAGAGACAUAAUACGAGCACAUAAAGUCCGCAAACAACUCAACGGUCCUCAUGAUGCUCCGUAUGCGCAAAAAUUGGACCUUGGUUGGGUCAUUGUGGGAAAUGUGUGUCUAGGAAAGUGCCACAAGCCCUCUCCGGUGAACUGCAUGAGAACACACAUCUUAGAGAAUGGCAGACCAAGCUACUUCAGUCCAUGCAAUAAUCACAUUGUACUGAAGGAGACGUUUAAUGAGAAAACCCAGUUCCACAAACCUAGCCUAUCAAGCUGCAGACUUGGUCAGUCUUUGUUUCAGCAGACCAAAGAUGACAAUAAAUUUGCACCUUCAGUUGAGGAUCAGUUAUUCCUGGACAUUAUGGAUAAGGAAUUCUUCAAGGACUCAAGUAACAGCUGGGUAGCACCAUUGCCAUUCCGUGAGCCAAGGAGACGCUUACCCAACAACAGGGAGUAUGCAGCAAGACGUUUCAUGUCUCUUCGUCGCAACCUUGACAAACGACCAAAGAUGAGAGAUGACUUCACAGAAUUCAUGCAGAGAAUACUUGACAAUAACCAUGCAGAGCUAGCUCCUCCUUUACAAGAUGGUCAGGAGAGCUGGUAUCUUCCAUCAUUUGGUGUGUACCAUCCAAAAAAACCAGACCAAAUACGAGUUGUAUUUGACUCUAGUGCACAGUUUGAUGGAGUAUCCCUCAAUGAUGUACUGCUUUCUGGCCCUGACCUUAACAAUAGCCUGUUAGGAGUCCUCAUAAGAUUUCGAAAGGAUCCUGUUGCCAUCACAGCCGACAUACAGCAGAUGUUUCACUGCUUCUUGGUCCGGGAGGACUGUCGUGAUGUUUUACGCUUUCUAUGGCAUCGUGAUAAUGAUCUGUCUAAAGAGGUUGUGGACUACAGGAUGCGAGUUCACGUAUUUGGAAAUAGCCCUUCACCGGCAGUGGCCAUUUAUGGAAUUCGCCGAGCUGCCAGAGAAGAAGAGAAAGAAUAUGGCACUGAUGUGAGGAAAUUCAUUGAACAAGACUUCUAUGUAGAUGAUGCCUUAAAGUCAUUUCCUACAGAGGAAGAGGCAAUCAAUGUGCUUAAAAGAGCACAAGAGGCACUAGCUGCUUCAAACCUCAGGCUUCAUAAAAUUGCUGCAAACAGAGCCAAAGUAAUGGAUGCCUUUCCAAAUGAAGAUUUGGCUAAGGACAUCAAAUGCCUUGACCUCUCCACGGAUGACUUACCUGAUCAGCGAAGCUUGGGGGUACAGUGGAACCUAAUGUCGGAUACGUUCACCUUCCAAGUGCCCGACACUGAAAAACCAUACACACGUAGAGGAGUGUUGUCAACAGUGAAUAGCUUGUUCGAUCCCCUUGGAUUCCUAGCUCCUAUCACAAUCCAGGGCCGUUUACUUUUAAGAGAACUCUCAUCGCAGACACAUGAGUGGGAUACACCAUUGCCUGAAAGCAGACAUGAAGAGUGGGCACAGUGGUGUCAUUCGCUGCAAGACCUAAGAAGUCUGAACAUUCCACGCAUGUAUGUAUCCAUUCCUCUUUCUGAAGCCAAACACACUGAAAUAUGUGUCUUCUCGGAUGCCUCCAUGAAGGCCAUCUCAGCUGUUGCAUACUUGAAAGCUUCGGAUCAGUAUGGGAAAACAGAGGUUGGCUUUGUUCUUGGCAAGGCGAGGUUGGCUCCAAAGCCUGAUCUUUCUGUUCCUAGGCUGGAACUAUGUGCUGCAGUCCUGGCUGUCGAACUGACUGAACUCAUCACAGAAGAGAUUCAUCUAAAGCUAGAUAGAAUAAGGUUCUACACAGAUAGUAGAGUAGUGUUAGGCUACAUCUAUAACGAGUCAAGACGGUUCCAUAUAUAUGUGAACAACAGAGUGCAGCGCAUCAGACAGUCUUCUCAGCCUGAACAGUGGAGGUACGUUUCUUCUGAACAAAAUCCUGCCGAUCAUGGCUCUCGUUCUGUUUCAUCUUCUAAGCUUGAGGCCACAACCUGGCUCACAGGACCUUCAUUUUUGCACUAUCCAUCAGAGCAGCUCUUUGAUCACCCAAACUCAUAUGAUCUUAUUGACCCAGAGGAAGAUGUUGAAGUUCGCUCAGAGGUUAAAGUCUUGUCUACGCAGAUUGAAGUGAAUCAUCUAGGUACCAAAAGAUUUGAGCAAUUCUCAGACUGGAGAACAGUCGUCAGAGCUGUGGCACGGCUGCAUCACAUUGCUCAUUGUUUCACAGGACCAAGUAACGAUAGUCAGUGCACAGGUUGGCAUUGGUGCUCAAGGGGUUUAUCUGUAAGUGAUCUUCUGAAAGCAGAGGAAAUCAUCAUCAAGAGUGUACAACAAGAAGUGUAUACAGAUGAGAUGAAAUGCAUCACUUCUGCAAGUGAAAUUCCGUCACAUAGUCCACUUUUGAAGUUGAAUCCAAUCAUCGACAGCAAUGGUUUGCUGAGAGUUGGUGGACGCAUCAGACAAGCAGAAAUAGGAGAUAAAGAAACAAAUCCCCUCAUCAUUCCGGCUCACCAUCACAUCACAGUCCUACUGGUCAGACAUUUUCAUGAACGUGUGCAACAUCAGGGCAGACAUCUUACAGAGGGCACCAUAAGAUCCAAUGGUUUUUGGAUAACUGGGGCUAAACGAUGCAUUAGCAGUAUUAUUCGGAGGUGUGUUACUUGCCGUAAACUAAGAGGCAAGGUGGAGGAACAACAAAUGGCUGACCUGCCAGCAGAAAGGCUGCAAAUGGAUCCACCCUUUUCCUUUGUCGGCUUAGAUGUUUUUGGGCCAUGGGAGGUGAUCUCACGCCGCACAAGGGGUGGCCAAGCAAACAGCAAGAGGUGGGCAGUGUUGUUCACUUGCAUGUGUACCAGAGGAGUUCACAUAGAGGUGAUUGAGUCGAUGACUUCCUCAAGUCUUAUUAACGCUCUCAGAAGAUUCUUUUCUAUUAGAGGUCCUGCCAAGCAGCUGCGCUCCGAUUGUGGGACGAAUUUCGUUGGUGCCUCUAGAGAGCUUAAAAUGAGCGAGAACGAACAAACAGAGGUGAGAGAAUACCUACUUGAGCAAAGAUGUUCCUGGGUUUUUAACCCACCACACUCUUCUCAUAUGGGUGGCGCCUGGGAACGUAUGAUUGGUCUAACAAGGCGAAUCUUGGAUUCAAUGCUCUUGAAAAACAAGUACUCACAGCUUACACAUGAAGUCUUAGUGACAUUCAUGUCUGAGGUCACAGCCAUCGUUAAUGCACGGCCUCUAGUCCCAGUCUCCACAGAUUCUGAAUUCCCCUUCAUCCUAACACCAUCUAUGCUUUUGACACAAAAGGCUGGUAAUCCUCCAACUCCACAAGAAGAUUUCAGUAAGAAAGACAUGCUCCUAUGUCAAUGGAAACAGGUUCAAACAUUAGCAGAAACAUUCUGGAAUAGGUGGCGGAAGGAGUAUCUUGGAACACUUCAGAACCGUCACAAGUGGUUUCACAAACAUCCAAACAUCAAAGAAGGCGACAUUGUACUGCUCAAAGACAAACAAGUCAAAAGAAACGAGUGGCCGAUGGGGAUAAUUGUGAAGGCUGUUCCCAGUACAGACGGUAUUGUGAGAAAAGUGGAGGUGAAAACUGUUCAGCAUGGGACAACAAAAAUCUAUCACAGACCUAUAUCUGAGUUAGUAUACCUUGUGUCUUCAGAUCAGGCUGUUUAAUCCAAUAAUUGCUAGGGUAUAUGGUAUCUUUGUGAUACCAGACGGGGAGUGUUCUGGCUUUGCCUGUUUUGGUGUUUUUGCUCCCUCUACUGGUAGUUUUAUAUUCUGCAGAUUGAAUAUGUUUUAUUCAGUUUCUGGGGUUCAAAAAGAACAACGUGCAAAGCACAUGGUAGCGCACUUUAAUUUGCUGUGUCAGUCCAUCGGAUUAACAACUCUUAACGAGGCACUGCCUGUAAGUAGAGUUUGAUUAUUUUUGAUUGUUAAUAUAUUAUGAUUGCGAGGAAGUACAUGUAGAUGUUUUCAUGUUAUAGCAUUGGGAAAUUUAUAUUGUACAAUCAUUUUGUACAACUGUCUUCUGGUGAACAUUGUUGGACUGGACGUUUACCAUGUGACAUUUUAUUUAUGUAUUCCUUCUGUGUUAUGUUGUUUUACAGUUUUACACAUUUAUUCAGUAAAUCAAAACGACGACUCCGGUGUCAAGACUGUUUAUUGAGUGGAUGUGUUUAGCUUGCUGGGUGCGAAGCCAGUACACAUCCAUUAGCUUAUGUUGUAGUUCAGUUAUCCAGAAAAUCAUAUUGCGUACUUUGUUACAUUUUAGCCCCUGAGUGUCUAAGAGAUGUGUUACUAGGAAAGAGCCAAAUUAGUGCUAUUUUCAUAUUAAUAUUUGAAUGGCGGGGAAAGAGUUUACUGUACUGUUCCACUUUUAUACUGUAUAGGAGUAAUAAGUGCUACCUUAAAAUGACUUCAACAUGUCCAGUGUCCACACAUGAACAUAAGCCCAGUGUUUUAUCAUUACUCAUUUCUAAAAUGUCCUUUAAUUACUUAUGGAUAAUGUUAUGUUGAAAUAAUAUAAAAUGUUUGAAUUCAGCAGAAAGUAUAUACAAAUUUUAUUAUAAAAAGUUGGCCUACAAAAGCUGUCACUGGGGUGGCCCUUUUAAAAGAUACUACACUCUAAAAAAAAAAGCCUUUUUCAAAGAUUUACGCAUUUCAAUUAAUAGUAAAAUCCCACCCCAACUGAAUAAUCCUUACAUAUUAUUAAGAAGUGAGAAUUAGAAAACGAGCUUAAUAGAACAUUAUGUAUAAAUCUUAAUGGAGUGAACGAAGGGAAUGAACCAUUUAGUUUGUGAUUCAUAUUAAUAAAUUUAAACAUAUUCAUUUUUUUUUAAUUUAUGAAUAUGAAUCACAUAAACUAAAUGGUCUACUCACUUGUUCCGUUAAGAUUUAUACAAAAUGUUCUAUUAGUCUCUAUUUUUUUUUUUUUUUUUUUUACUCAUUUAAAAUUCUUAAUUCAUAAUAUGAAUAAUAUCAAAGACUAUAGAAUAACACAAGAC